AUAUUUUGCCAACAUGGCGGUUUACGACCAGAUGAAGUUGUAAGUGGGCGUAAAAUUAUUUUAAUUACCGGUAUACAGUUAUCUUUCUUUCUUGCAAAUAAAAUUAUUGCAGUCAAUUGUAUCCUUCAAAUUUGAUGUCGAAUUCGACCACCCCCCCAAAAAUGACGUCUCACCUGACUAUUUGAGUACUCUGAUUUGUAUGUCGCAGUUCAAGUCAAGUCACUUACUUUUCACUGUUGUCAGUGUUGUUGAAAUUGCUCAUUAUUUUUAGUGACUUAACAGUCAGACUAACUCAGUCAAUGGCUUUAGACCCCUCCUUUACUCCACUCCUCUACUUCUAAGACUUAGGGAUUGGAUACACAUUUUUAUUAAAUUAUUUUUUCUGUAAAUUCAUUAGCCAUUAUCAUUAGCCUACCCCGUGUUUUGCACUACUUAUACUUUUUCCCCACUAUCGUCAUCUUUGUUGUCAUGAUGGUAGAUGUGUCAUGGCAACCAAUUAAGAUGCAAAAAAAUGUCUGUUAACAUGGGGAGGGAAAAGGGAGAAAUUGUGUUGUUUUAGCUACUUACCAGGAGCAAUGAAGAUUUAAGGAAUACCGUAGGCCGUAGACGUAAUUUUUUUUUAGAAAAACCUUCAAUUCUAAAAUCUAAACUUCUACCUAAGCUGUAAAAAUGUAAAAAAUGAAAAACAACAAUACAAAAUAUUGAAAGCACAACUUACAGUUUCAUAGAAUGCACUUCUACACUACACACUUUAUUUCAGGUUCAACCAAAAAGAAAAUCCAAAAGUUGUCAGAAAAAUCAAUAAAAUACAAUACCAUAACCAUUCUCCAAAAUGCUGGAAAAUUUAAAUGUUAUAAUUAACCAACCAAUGAAAUUCUAAUUUAAAACAAUCCAUUGUCGCAUUAAAGAAAAUGUAAUUUUAGUAACAAUCAAAGAAUAAACAAAAGGGAGAGAAUCCUACACAGCAACUCAUUGUGGCAUGGGUUGCAAAAAUUGACCCAAAUAUGCAAUAUCAUUGAAUACACAUUUACACACUUUUUUUGCAAUGUUAAGGUUCCACCAAAAAUAAAAUCUAAAAAGAUGUAAGAAAAAUCAAAAUCCAUCUUUCAAAAUGAUUAGACAGACAUACCAGCAAAAUAGCAUUGUUUUUAAAUAUUAAAAUUAACCACUCAAUGAAAUGUUAAUUUAGAAAAAAUCCAUCAAUCAAAUACAUUCCAGCGGCAUAGUAAUAGUGAUAUUAAAAAAAGAAGUUAACUCUAGUAACAAUCCACGAAUAGACAAAGGGGAGAGAAUCUUACACAGAAACUCAAAGUGACGCGCUGAACGUAAAUUGAUCUUUUAUUGUAAUUUAAAAAAUUUUUGUUCUUUUGAUUUGUGGGGUUGGGUAGGGGGAUUAUUUUACCCACCUGCUGUUAAAUGCUACCCUACAUUUUAACAGUCCGAAAACUCUUGCUAUUAUUUUACAAGAAUUUAAAUCACACACACAGUAGAGGAUUACCAUUAAGGCCUCACUAUUAGUAUUAAUAUUCUUCAAAUUAACCAAUUUUUAUAUCGAGGGGUGGCAUUUUUAGCAAUUCGGAAGGGGGUGGCAAAAAUCUUUUCUCGCCCUGGGUGGCACUAACCCCAGCUAUGCCAAUGCAACCAAUGCAAAUACUAAUAAUAAGCUUUCAUUAAGAAAAUGUAUAACUCUAACUUAUUUUAAAAUCAUAAAUGGCUUUCUACUUCUAAUGGUGUUUAGAAUUGCAAAUAAAGGUUUAACUAAAAAUGUUAUUAGACAAUUGUAGUUACAGUUCCAUUACUCUUUGACUAGAAUGAAUACUAGAUCCUUAAUUACAACCGGCUUUUGUUGAUAUUAAUAAAUACUUUUCAGGAUUCACAUUAUUUAUUAUUCCUUCUUUUAAAAUUAAUUUAAAGUGUUGCUGGUUUCAUUAAUUAUAAUUUGUUUGAAAUGAGAGUGAAAAUAACUCUUUGACUUUUUUUAUCUGCAGACAUAUAACUUCAGAAAAAUUUAUUCUUGAACCUGUUAUUGCAUCCAACAAGAAGCCUGAAGUUUUAGUUAUUGAUCGGGUUACACAGGAAAUUACAGUUCAAGGUAAUACAAUGCUGCAGUCUAGCUUUAGUAGAUAUGAAAUUAUUUAAGAUAAAUAUUGUCAGCUCUUCUAUAAAUGAGUUCAUUUUCUUUAAGAAUCAGUAAUUGAUUAAAGUAAAACACUAGCAAGUUAAAUUGAAUUAUAUGUAUGAUCUUUAAAACAUUUCAGAUAAUUUGUUCCAUAAUACUCAACAAUAAAAAAAAAUUAACUGAUUUAACCAAUUAUUUAUAUUUCAUCUACCUCAGAUUUCAUAUCUGAAAUUCCUGCUACAGCCAUUACAAAGUUAACUUAUGGAGUUGUUGGUAUCAUUCGUCUUGUUGCAGGUUUGUCCUUAUAUUAGAGAGUUACUAACUCUCCAUAAGUAUUUUUCUUUUUAAAUCAUUUAUUUUUUAUAAUUAAUCCUUUAAUUUGUAUUAUUUCAUUAUAAUACAGAUGGCAGAACUUAAUUUGUACACGCCACCAAGCACUGAAGUACCAAGAUUUCUGUAUUGAAAGCCAUAGAAGAGGGAAUCCAGUAUCACAAUGAUUAUGUUGUUGUUCUUAUUUUUUUUUCUUCACUUUCUUUUGCAUCUUCUUGUUACUUAAAAAAAACAACUAUUUGUUAUCUUCAUUUGCAUCUGAAUCAUCUUUACCAUUUUAUACAGGUCCUUACUUGAUUGUUGUUACCCAACGUGAGAAGGUUGGCACAAUUUCAAAAAGUGUCAUAUGGAAAGUUACAAAGACAGAAGUCUUCAGCUAUAAAAGAUCCCUUACACACCUCAGUGAAAGACAGGUAUACUUGUUAUAUUAAUGUUCAUUGCACAAGUUGUGACUUGCAAAGUAACUAGAAAUAAAUAUUUUGAAUCAUUUAAAUAUGAUUAAAUAAUUCAACUUAUUUCACUCUGAACAUCUUGGAUAAGCCAGCUUAGUUAUCGACUUAAUAAAACUAAAACACUUUUUUUUUAAAUUUGCCACUAAGAACUAAGCAUUGUUAGUAAUUUUUGUAUUACUGAUAGAACAAAUAAUAGACAUUUCAAUAGCUAAAAUAAUCUAUCGAUCAGUUAUUUACAGUGAAGAAUUGGCAAGCUUCUGUUAAAGCAGAAUUAUAAAUGCAAAUGUAUCCUCAUUUUAAAAAAAAUUCAAAUAGUUCUCAAGUAAUAAAUAAAUGGUGCCUAUAUUUCAAAAUAAUGCUUUAGUAUUUUUCAUGUUUUUUUUCCCAUAUUCUCAAAAAGCAUCUAUUUUUAAAUUCUACAGGUUGCCAUCAAUAAAAAUUACUUGGCUUUGCUAGAUGUUAUGCUCAACACAGAGAGCUUCUACUACUCACCAACAUAUGACUUGACACAUACCAUGCAAAGGCUCUUCAACACAAGCCCUGACUUUCAAACCCUAGCAUUACAUGAAAGAGUAAGAACGGUAGCGUCUAUACUGUUAGUGAUCUAACUAUUCAAGUCAUUGAAACAUUUAAUUUUUGCCAAAAAACUUCCAGCACCUUUGAGUUUAAAAAGAACCUAUUCAGUUCUGUAAGGACGAUUUUUAUCAAGAACACAUAAAGCCACAAUCUUUGAUGAAAAAAAAAUAAAAUAAAAAUAAAAAUAAAGGUCAACAUGGUUAAUUAACCUUUUCGCUAGCGAUGACGUCGACGCGAUAUCACAAUCAUCCACUUCAAUCACCAAGGACGUCACAUUGUCGUCAUAACAAAGAGGCAAAGAACUUUUCUAAAAUACCAAGGAGGUCACGUCGACGUCAUAUUUCAAUGCUAUAUAUUUCUUUAUUUGUCAAUCUAUAGAGACGUUAAAAAGCGAAUCGGAUAGAGAAUGAAAAAAACACGAAAAUUUCUUAUUUUUAUUGUGGAGUCAGCAAAAAUCGAUGCCUCCCCCCCCCACAAAACCAAUAGUUAGGAUCAUAUAUGAUUUCACCAGUUAAGAUCAUUUAUGGUUUCACUAGUUGAGAUCAAAUAAUAAGGUUUCUCUAGUUAAGAUCAUAUAUUGUUUCAAUGGUUGAGAUCAAAUAAUAAGGUUUCACUAGUUAUGAUCAUAUUAUAUGGUUUUGCCAGUUAGGAAUGGUUUUACUAGUUAUAAUCAUAUAGAGUUUCACUAGUUAAAAUCAUACAUGGUUUUCAUUUAUUUCAGGCUGAUCAGAGAUUUGUAUGGAAUACACAUGUUCUGAGAGAGCUCUCACAACAACCUGAACUUUCCAAGUUCUGUAUACCAAUGGUUUUAGGCUGUAUCCUUUAACAGGCAUAACUUAAAGCAUGCUUAAAACUUCAUCAUGUUAUUUGAAAACUUUGUUGUUUUUUUUUACAAAGCUUAACCUAGUUACGAAAUAUUUACAAUGUACAAUGAUAUAAUUUCAACCGAUAAUAUUAAUCACAACAGCAUUUUGAACUUUGUGGGAUAUUAGAGUUAGGCCUGUUAAUAGCGACUAAGAUCACAUUUUUUGGCACAAUUUGCUUUUUGCUUACAUUCAUAGAGUUCUCUGUCUCCUCAACCUUACUUUAUUUACAGUGUUGUGCAAAGUACUGUCGCUUUAUUUUUCGGGAGCUUAUGGAAAAUGUUUUUAAAAAAACUGCAAAACAUGAUUAUGUAUAAUUUAAGUUGUAGCUUCGAAGUGGUUUUCCUUAAACUGUUUCUCAGAUGUCACUGUGACACCCACAGUGGUUAAUGGUAAAUCUAUAGAUUACAUCCUGAUAUCCAGAAGAUCCAUCUACCGUGCCGGGACACGUUUCAAUGUUCGUGGCCUUGACCUCCAGGGCCAGGUGGCAAACUUUGUGGAGACUGAACAGAUUGUGCAAUAUGGAGACAGUGUUUGCUCAUUUGUCCAGGUAAAGAAAAAAAGCUUUUGAACUCGACACAAAGUUAUACUUUGUUGUCAUUUUGGGACAAGUACAAUCGAUGCAGCUUUAGCAACUGUCGUGCUUGGCAUGUACAAAAACUUUUCAAAUACUUUUCACCAAAAGUAGAUAUGUAAAAUUAUUUUAGGACCUGAUUGAUUUUUUAUGCAGAUCUUUACUAGAUAUUCUAAAUUUUCAUCCAGAAAACAAUAUUAACUUUUCUUUAAAAACUAAAAAAAGGUAGGGGCCAUUCUGGGACCUAAAAAUUAUUGCAUUACAUUUGGUUUCAUUUUUACAGUACUAAUUGGCAAAUCAGCUCUUGUGUGUUAAGUAAAGUAGCCCAACAUUUCUUUAAAAAAAAAAAACUCUCUAAAAUUUUAUAUUAUGAUUGUCUUGUCACUUUGUUUCAGACAAGAGGUUCCAUUCCUAUAUUCUGGUCACAGAAAGCAAAUCUGAAGCGUCUUCCUAAUCCAGUAGUACUGGAAACUGACCAUGUAUGUAGAAACAUCUUUAAUUUAUCAAACUGCUAUUUAUAAUUUUCUUUCCCAACUAAUCAUCUGAGCUGCUCCUUUCAUUUACAAUCCACCAAUGACACACACACGUUUGGCUCAGGCUAUCAACAAUGGGUUGACAAGUCAGAUCUUCAGUUCUACUAUUCCAAUUCAAAUGGGAUUGAUUAUGUGUAGUUUUUAAAAAUUACUUUAGUAGAUUGACUGACACAAUUUCUAGCCAAUUCAAUCGUGUUUUAAUCUGUCAGGGAAAUUAUAUUGUCUCUGUAAUAUUAUACUCCCAUACCUUGGUCUUCAUAUCUCAAGUUUUUUCACCUGAAACAAGCUUUUUUCUUUCUUCAUAAUUAUGUCGAAAUAAUGAUACAUUCUCUUUCAUUGUAUCAUGACUAUCAUGGUUCUGUUUAAUUCUCCAUGGAAAAUGCAAUCACUCACCCAGAGAGAACUUAAUGCCAAGAAUACCAACAACUGGAAUACUGCAGUGAGAGAUUAUUACAUUAUUACCAUUUGAUAUGUCUUUUUUUUUUUAUUCUUCACAGCUGACAGCGUUCCAGAAACAUUUUGAUCACCAAAUCUUCAUUUAUGGGGAUCAGGUGAUAGUUAAUCUGGUAAGUUAGUGUGUGUUUGCAAAUGACUGUGACAACAAGUGCAGGAUACUCUGCACUGCUAAGAGAGUGAAAUCAUUUGGUCAAUCAGGGCACUGGAUAUGUAUUAUGUUUAAAACCUGAAAGCUGUCAUUCUGUUGUUUAGCAUCUUAUAAAAAAAGAAAGAUGAUCUCAGUCUCAGUGCAAUGAUUUUUGUUAACCUCAUAAAAUGGUAAUUGCAUUAUGUAUUCUAUAAUUUUUGUUAGAAACAUGUUUUUAAUUUAUUCUAAUAUGGUUUAUGAUGCCACUUUUCAAUGGCCUUUUAAUUAAUAAAUGGCAUCCUGUCUUUUGAGAAUUUCCUAAAUUAAAUCACUGUAACACCCUUUGUCUACCAUAGCAGUGCACAGCUGAAACUGCUGCACACUGGGUGACACUCUAAUAGAAGAGGAAGGAAAAAAAUCUCCCAUAAAAAAUUCCAUCCAUCCCUGUGGCGCUACAGCCCAUGUAGGGCUUUGGCCUGCCUCACCACACCCUUCCACUCAGACCUGAUGAUUUUCUUUCCAUGCUUGGAUUCCCAGCUGCUGUAGAUCCCUCUCCAGAUCAUCCAUUCAUCCAGGGAUGCCUUUGAGCCGUCUUUCUGCCAUAGCAGUGCAUAGCUGAAACUGCUGUGCAUUGGAUGCCACUCGAAGAAAAGAGGAAGAAAAAAAUCUCCCAUAAAUAAUUAGAGGGAAAAAUUUUGAAGAAAUAAAUGUUUAAAAAUCGCUUGUGCUAAUUAUGUAUAUGAAGUAGCUGGGAGAAGUGGGCCCAACGCAUUACAUGGUGCAGAUUGCAAUAAGACUAACCUUAUAUCAUUUCAUUAAUCACUUCAUUCCAAUUUUGUCCACCUCAGAUCAACCAGGAAGGGCCAGAACAAGUGUUGGAGAAGAAGUUGUCCCAAGUAGUCACCUCAGCACAGAACAAAAAUAUUAGGUGAGAGGCCUUUUCUAUAAUAAUGAAAAUUUAUAAUAGUUCAUUUGGCUUAUACUAUCAUACUAUCAGAUAAAUAGGUAAUUCAGCAUCUAAUGAUACAACAGUAUUAAACUGCAUGUCUACUUGAACUUUAUAGAACUUUAGAGGUUGGUUCUUUUUCUAUGGAAAACAAAUUCACUGUAGCAUUAACAUUUUAUUUAUCUUUACCACAAGUUCAACUCAUGCCUCACAAGGUUUAUGGAAUUCCACAAAUAAUUUUUAUUCAAUAUGUAUGGAAUGAUAGCGCCUAGCCAAGACAUAUGACUCUGUCCCUUGUCAUGAAACUGUUAUCUAUGACACUAAGAUAGAUUUUUUGCAGGGAUAAUAAGAGUGACAAUUCUUAUUUGUCUGUAAAUAUUACAAUGAUAGAUUUCUACAAGAUCUUAAACAGCAUUCACCUCCAUUCGGAAUUUACAUCUUUUUGUCAAAUUUCAACAUCUUAGGUGUCUUCUGUCAAUAACUAAAAUUUUGUGAGAUAACACACAAGGUUAUUAAUUCUUUUGAAACCCGUGUUUCAGAUAUGAACCUUUCGACUUCCACAAAGAGUGUAAGAAAAUGAGGUGGGACAGACUGAGCAUUUUAAUGGAUAGACUUGAACCGGACAGAAAGAAAUUUGGGUAAGACCAUAAUGACAUGUUACUAACCAUCACAGCUGUUCUUUACACAACUUUGGUGUCAACAUUCACAUCAUGUAAAAAAAAAAAAAAUUGUUUUUUUAAUUUAAAUUUCUGGAUGAAAGUCUCGGCUGCCUGAGUCUUUGUCGUUUCCCUUAUCUUAGAAAGGUUGCCACCCAAGUUUACCAUACACUUCCUGCAGAGAUUGAUUUAUUAAGGCACCAAUGAUUUCCCGUAGAUUGUAGCAACAACUUUCCUGCCUUGCCCUUUAAGACCAUGCAGUCCAUCUAUCUGUCUACUAUUUGAAGAAGUUUGAUAAUUUGAUACACAGUAGUUUACCCAAGAGCUUAGUUUAUUGAAUACUUUUGAUGAUUCCUUAGAUUACGUGAACUAUGAAAAGCAAUAGCAAUAUUUCUUAUGACUUUAAUGGAAUGAUCCAAGUUGAACAGAGCAUUUUCCACAUCACUCAGGUAUUUCUUACAGCGUGGGGAAGCAGUAUUAAUGACUCAGAGUGGUGUCUUCCGCACCAAUUGUAUUGACUGUUUAGACCGUACCAAUGUUGUGCAGAGUUUGAUAGCAAAGGAGGUCCUCAUAGAUCAAUUUGUGGUUUGUAUUGACUGAUUUGUUUUUUUUCAAACUGAAAUAAACCAGAUGCAUUUAAUUUAUUGCUUUUCCAACACUUUAAUAAUAUGCUUACCAUUUCUUUUUGGUAACGUAAAUAUUUUAUUGAUUCAUUUGGUUUCCAAAACUAUACUGAUUUGUUAAAAGAAUUUUAAGGCAGGUCAUAGCAGUGAGCAUAGUUAAAAAGAAGUUAAUAUUUAAUCCCAAGAUAUCGUAGGUUUAGAACUUAAAUAAAAUUGUUUUUUAAUUACUUGUUUUUUAAAAUGAAUUAGACUUUCAUCGGGAAAUCUAAGAAACAUUUUACUUUCUUCACAUAUAAUUCUCAAUGUCUAUAAAUGCAAAUUUUAAAAUAACAAUUUGUUUUUUCUUAAUUACCUGUUUUAACUUGUCUUGCCUGUUUUCAAAUUGAACUUAAUUUAGCAUGACCAGUGUCUGUCCUAACACUUUUUAGGCAUUAUUUGUCGAAUUUCCACUUUUCUAGAGAGCUAAAAAUGUAGUUUUCACAGUCUCACAGUGCAUUUUAAUCUAUUAAUGAUUGGUGAAUGCUCAAUUUACCUUUUUUGAAAUAUGUUACAGCUUAAAAUGCUAUAAACAAGUAAGAAUUUACAUGGCCGCCAGUGUAAAAUAGAUAACGAAAAUAAAAGUAAUAUACCUUCAAUACUGUACAAGUACCUAGAGAAAGUAACAUCAGCAACAUCUGACUUAACCAUUUUCUUGUAAUCUGAACAUUGUGAGUCAGUUCCAGUAAAAUGUGUUGCUUUUAUCAAAAUCCAAUGUAUUAAGAGGUUUUUGCAGCGACCCCCCUCCCCCAAUGGUAUUCUGUUUAUUUUGGUUGGUGUUAUUUUCACCUAUUGAUUGUGUUUUAUUUCAAUUGCAGAAACUUGGGAUCAUAGACCCUGCAUAUAAAUUGAAGGAUGAAACACGUUUUGAUUCAGUUUUCAAAAAUGGUAAGCAAGAUGAUUACUAUCAGUUUGACAGUUGUAUUUCAUGUAAAAAAAAAAAAAAAAGAUAUGCCAUGUAUUAUUCUCUCAAAAUAAUUUUUUGUAAAAGGAAUGAUAAUUAAUCUAAUUGUUAAAAAAAAAAGCCGUCAAAAAAAAUUUUUUUAUUUAAAAUAUUAAAAAAAAAAAAACACGUUUUGAUUCAGUUUUCAAAAAAGGUAAGCAAGAUGAUUACUAUCAGUUUGACAGUUGUAUUUCAUGUAAAAAAAAAAAAAAAAGAUAUGCCAUGUAUUAUUCUCUCAAAAUAGUUUUUUGUAACUGGAAUGAUUAUUAAUCUAAUUGUUAAAAAAAAAAAGCCGUCAACAAAAAUUUUUUUCUUUAAAAUGUUUAAAAAAAAAUUUUUUUUUAGUAUGGGCAGAUAAUGCUGACAUCAUAUCAAAAGAAUAUGCAGGAACUGGAGCACUGAAAACUGACUUCACAAGGUAAAAGUUGAGGAUAUUUUCUAACAAAAAACAACAAAUUAUCACUGCAACUAAUGUAUGAUCUGUGACGUUUUUAAAAAUAAAAACUUAAUACCCAAACAUAAACACACUCGGUGACUAUAAAACAUGAAUAAAAAUAUAAGAUAAAAUUGUUUUAACAAAACUAAGUUUCCACUCAUCCUUGGAAGAAGUUUUCUCAUCUGUAUAGAACAAUUAGUUAUUACCUGUAAGCAACAAAUUAAAUUUAAAACAUUGCUUAUUUGAUUUUUGCACACAUAUUAUAAUGACUUGCUUUGUUUUUGCAUUGAAUUCUGAAUGUUAUUUUCCAUCAGGACUGGUAAGCGAACUAUAUAUGGUGCUUUGCAGGAUGGUUACAAUUCUGCUGUGAGGUAUAUAAAAAACAACUUUCAGGAUGGGGGCAGGCAGGUGAGGCUUCAGAUACCAGCACAAUUUAGGACAGUUGUGACAAUAGAUUAAUUUUUUAGAUUAAAUUUUUAAUAGGAUAAGAAAUUCGCAAUUAAGGUGGCUAAAUGUCUUGAUAAAUGGGAAUGUAACAACACACCUUGUUUAUUAUUUACAGGACACAAUUUUUUACAGAGAUUUAUAUAAUAUACCACCUGUGCGGUGUCAGUGAGAAGCAAAGUUUAAAACUUAUAAAGGGAUAAUUUUUGUUUCUUCACUCAACAGUGGCAAAUAAUAAUUGUCUUAUAGUAUAGAAAUAAUUCCUCCCAUGACUUUUUUUUCUCUCUUUAAAUCUCUGCAUAGGAUGCAAUGGAUCUCUUUCUAGGCAAUUAUCUUGUUGAAGAGAAUGAAGGACUUACACUCAAAUCUCCUUUAGAUUCUUCCAGAGAUUGGAAAUAUUAUGCUGUAAGCUAUUCCUUUGUGUGUUAACUCAAUUUAACUAAAUGUAAAACGAAAAAACUCUUUUCUGUAUUCAAUAUUAGAUAAGUUUAUUAGAACAAAUUGUUGCUGUACAUCAUCAUAUUAUGAUUCCUCUGCAGGUUCCUGUGAUCUUAAUUGUGGCUUUUUCCAUGUUCAUGGUCAGUGUGCUAUUGCCAGAUGGUAAGUGCCGAUAUAAAUUUAAGUUGUCAUACUUUCACUGUUUGGAUCAAUAACUUUUUUUUAAUAGAAAUUUCAGAUUGUUUUAUUGUUGUUUUUUUUUUGUUUUGGUUUUUUUUUAAUGUUUUUUUUUUUUAAAACGGGCUUGAAUUGUUUUGUUUUUUUUAAAAUUAAAAAUUUCAUUUUUUAAAAAACAGUUUAAAAAAUUAGUUUUUUUAUUUUUUUUUUAUUAAAAUUUUUGUUUUUUUUUUUUUUUUUUUUUUUUUUGUUUUGGUUUUUUUUUAAUGUUUUUUUUUUUUAAAACGGGCUUGAAUUGUUUUGUUUUUUUUAAAAUUAAAAAUUUCAUGUUUUAAAAAACAGUUUAAAAAAUCAGUUUUUUUGCAGGGUGGUGGUGGUUGGGGGAAGUUGCAAUUUAAAAGGGUUUUAAGAUUUUGAAGAUAUUAUUUUAGUUAAAGCUUAAAAAUAAAAGAUGAAUUUCCCUUGCAGCUAUGUUUUUGAACUCGCAUACAAUUCCCUUUUAUAUUUCAAUGAUACAUAAUAAAAAAUAAAAUUAAAAAUUAAACAAAGGAAAAUAAAAAGGACUGAAUAUGUCAAGAAUUUAUUUGGCCACAAAAUCAUUAGGCACACUAGUAAAAUGUUUUCUAAAUAACACACAGGUGGGAAGAGACUUAAAAGAGUGAGUAACAUCAUUGAAGAAUGGCAAUUCUUGUGUGUUCAUUCCUUUUGUUUUUCUCAUCAGCCCUGAAAGAAAAUAAAGAUCUAAUCUUAAUUUAUUUCAUCAAGCAUGUAGUGAUGUUGUCUUUUGAAAGCAAUAACAUGUUAAUGGCAUUAUAAAUAUGUUUUAAACCAAUUCACUUGGGAAAAAAAAAGAACACAGUUGCUGUUCUUCAAGUGAUGUUUUCUGGAGACCUACCACUAUAAUUCCUUGAUAUCAGAUACUGAUAUCAUAUCUUUUGGUUAAGGAAGCAGUGUUUAGAUUGCAAAAGCAACAUAUUUCAGGGCUGUGCUUGUUCACAUUUUUUGUAGUUCUGAAAAUAUUUUCCACGACUGAAUCAAUUUGAAUAUUUUUAUUUAUUUGUUGCUUUUUAUUGAGCCUUUUAUUAUUUUGGCAUCAUUUUUUUAAAAAAUAAUAUUUUUAAAGACCCGUUCUUAAAUACUAAAACUGACUAUACUCAAUAUAAUUUCAUUAAACUUACUUGCUUGUUCUGCUUUGCAGUUUUAUUUAUUGAAUGUCAAACUUUAUUUGCUACUUUUAAUACAUCAGUUAUUUGACUGCUCUGAAUGUGCAGCCAAUGUUCAAAUUCAGAUCUGCCAUACAAAUAGAUUUUGAAAUAAGUUCAAAUUAUAAUAUCCUGAUCCAGCUACACCUGUGACUUAAAACAUCUGUUAUAAUAAAUUUAUCAUGGGAUAUAUGAAAAAUAUAUUGUUAUCAUAAUAAACAAUGACUUGAUUGUAAAAACUGUUCUGGAAAGUGCAUUUCUGGAAUGUCGAUAACAAUCAAACUUGAAUUAUUUCUCAUAAUAAAAAAUAUUUCAAUUUUAAUUUUAAAAAUUCAUUUUUUUACUUUAAGACAAAUUUCAGAGACAAACUCUAGCAUUGCCAUAUUUUAAUGUAUUUAAUUUCAAAUAUUUAUGGAUAAAUUAAUCUUUGCUUCUUAUAUUUACUUUCUGUGAUUACAUAAGGCACGCUUGGUUACAUAUUUACCAUUUUGGACAAUUUUUAGCCUUUAAAAUAAUUGAAAGUAAAACUUUGUUUACAAUUUUUUAAAAAGCUUUUCUGUCAUUUUAGAAAAGCAAAGAACAAGCAUGUAUGAUUUUGAGGUAAAUACAUUUUGUUUCCAAAAAUUCAUGUUUCUUUAAAAAAAAUCUUUUCACAGAGCAUCUAAGUGAACAGAUGAUGUAUGUUCUGUUCUGGGGAAUAGCAUCUGUCAUAUCAUUGUUAAUCCUCUUCGUUUUCGGGACCAUCUUUGUGGAUCAGCCCAGACUUACAGGAAACAAAUAGCUAUAUGGCAACUCCAUUUACAUUGUUUGACUAAUAAACGCAGUCAUUUCUUACAAGCUCACCCAAAGGAAGUUCCUUGCGAACCAAAUUGUUGUCACCCGAGUUAACAUAUAGAAACAUUUUUAGUUAGAUCUUGAAGUUAGGAAAUGCAUUAUGUAAUAAUAUCAUUGGUGAAUUGAAAACAUCUCAAUCAAUAUUGAUUUUUAAUGCUGACUAUUAGAUGCAUGAAACACCAUUGAGUCUAAUGAGGUUUUCAAUGCAUGUAUCCGACCAGAGUAUAGAUCAUUAGGGCAUGUGCUCACUUCUGCCUGUUUUUUUUUUGUGGUGUUUUUUUGUUUGUUUUUUUGUUUUGGAAAGCACUUUUGAAGUUAUGGACAUCCUAUUGUUAAUGGAUCCUAAAAAUAGCAAUGUCCUACAAAUAAGUACUUUUGGUGCACUGCUCCAUCAUCUCACCCUUUCAAACCUUUUCCCAAGUUUUUUCCCCAUCAUUUAAACAGCUAGAAAAAAAUAUUUGUCCAUUCAUUGAUAUCAGGAAGCCAUAUUUCUGCUACUAAUAAAAUGUUGAAUUAACUUUGGACUUGAGAGUAACUUUUAUUUUACUUGGUAUAGGGGUUUUCUUUUUGUAACCCCCAAACUUGUCUUUAGCCAUUAGUAAUGCAUUUUAUGAAAUGCUGCUGGGUCUGCGGGCAAGUUAGAUUUGCAAUAAUCACAUUGAUUCUGUAACCUUCUAUUUUCAAAGAACUUUCUAAGGUUUCUUUUGUCUACGUGUUUAUAAAACUGGACUAGUUGACCUUGCUUGCCUGUAGAUAUUUGGUCUCUUUUUUAAAAAAAUGCUUAAUUAUAUCAGAACUAAUUUUUUUCAUCUUUGGUGUAGUGGGUUUAAUAUUUGGGGAGGUGCAUGUUGGAGAACACUAAGUAGAGAUUCUAAAACAUGUUUUUUUUAAAUUUCUCCCAUUAUUCCCCAUUAUUGAUUUCCAAUGUAGGAAAGCUUUCCUGAAUGUCUUAUGGUUUACGAAUGUCUACAAAUGAUAGAAAGAACUAUAAACAGUUUGCUUUACUUAAUUUCUAAAUCCAACACAAUUAAUUUUUAAGAACCCAUUUAUCCCUCGUGAUAUUUAGAAGCUUUUCAAAAUCUUCCACCUCCAUUUUAUAACUUAAAUUUGUAUAACACUUUCUGCUCAAAACUGCUUCGAACUUGAACAGAAAGCUGAGAUUUUCAUUGUUCAAAAGACAUAUCCUUUAGAUUCUUUAAAUUUUAAUGUUCCAGUCCUGGCCACAACAAUACUGUCACACUUUGACAUUUAUGUAUUCAUAGCUUUCUUCUGCACAUAUUUAGUAUGUCAUUUAUAAAUUAUGAUGUCCACAAAUUUUGGGGGUGGACUGUGUAAUAUAGUACGAUAAAUGAUUUUUAAAAAUAUGUACCGGUUAUAAAGUUUACAGAAUAUAUGUAAGUAGAACUGUAUAAGUAUAUGCUCAUCUAAUUUAUUUAUUAAUGCUAUGUUUUUUUUAAAUAAACUAGUGAUCAUGUAAAAAAAAAAUUGUAUUUUAAUGCCACUAUUGGGAGUAGCCAUUUCUUUGGCUCUAUUGUCAAUAUUACAAACAUUGAUAAACUUAGUUGUCAGUCAAUAUGCCCAUUGCCAAUGUUAUAAAAUAUAUACAUAUUUUAAUCAAAUUAAUUGCCGUUUUAUAAAUAAAAUGAUUAUUUCACACUUAUGACAUGUUUGCUGACCCAGAGUCUAUGUCAACGAAAUAUUGAGAAGUGAACACGUCACUCAAAGAUCUUGAGUGGGUGCUGGAGAAUUUUCCUUUCAUAUUAUUUUUAAACCUUUUAUUUAACUUGGCAUGACAGAUGUCCAUUUGUAUUUAAUCGUACUCCCUACGUCUCGGAGAGUUCAAAGUUUGACACACAUUUUAGUCUUGCAAGAUUUGAAUCUAUUAAAAUUUGAUGGAUCAUCUGAUGACAUGCAUGUUAUGAAGUCAAAAUUUUGGUUAAAGUUAAACAUAAAACAUUGAGGAAGUGUUUCAAAUGUAAACAAAAAAGGGAAUUAAAUUUCAUUUUUGUUAAGUCGCAUGCUCAUGCUGAUGUUUAAAUAAAAUGUUGGACCGAACCAAAAUAUAAUCAUUAAGUUUUUACAUUUAUUUGUUCAUGAGUAAAAUUAAAAUGGGAUUGUGAUGUGUAUGAGGACCUAUGUUUUUAACCAUCUCCAUUUCAUUCUAUUUUUGACAGCUUUCCACAUAAGCAAAUAACAAAGUUUAGUUUUUAUUAUUUUACUCUUUCCUUCUCCCUUAUAAUACAUGCAAAUUUGAUCUGACAUUUAAUGGGAUUUAGAGAUGAAGAAAUUUGGCUACUGCUCUAUAGCAGUGCAUAAUUUAACAAAGUUGUUUUUUUUUCUUUCUUUCUUUUUAACUGCUGAAAUAUUCAAAAAAAUAUAACAUAACUCUGUAACAUUGACUGUCACACAAAUAUUUUUUAAUUUUGUGCUGUCUCUGUUUUUCACUGAGAGAAAUAUCUAGGACCCAGAUUAUUUGGUAACAUUUGCAAAAUUUCUCAUAGUUAGUUUUUAUGUUUGCCAUCUGUUGUAUCAAGAUGUUCUUGAGCUAUUUAGAUAUUUAGCACAGUAAAGUAUUACCUCCUUUACAUCAAUGCCUAAUUUAAUAUUAAAGAAUCAGUUCUGCUACCUAAAAUGCUGUUGACAUUUUUACGACUAAAUUAGCAAAUAAUUUGUAAAGUAAAAGGUUCAACUUUGGGUAACAGCAGUCUUUUUAAAAACAGUAGGAGGCAGGCAUUUAAUUGAGACAAUAAAACCAGGGGGACCAUGCACUCUCAAAUUACAGUUAAAUAAGCUGUGCAAAAUGAAAAUGAAAGUAAAUAAAUACAGAAUUUUACAAGAAUCACCCAGCACAACGGACACGACCAAACAAAUGUUCAUGAAUCAAGCUGGUAAAUCAGUGUAACUGAUGUAAAAUAACCAGAGAGGAUCAGGUGUUCUAAUUGGAUAAAAUAAAUCCAACAUGUUGUACUAUCCAGUUCAGCUGUUUUCCAACCAGUCGGUCACCAGUAAGAGCUGAUAUGACUCCAUUUUCAAAAAUUGUAUGAGCAGACCUCAUUUUUUAAAUAAAAUGGGAUUUUUUAAAAAGAAAAUUGUGUUGAUCUGUGCUUGCAUCUCUUUUAUGUAGUGUGUUUUUGACAAAAAUGACAGGAAGAAUUAAACAGAAAUUGCUGCAUAUAAACAUGUGUACAUUUUGAUUUUGAGACAUGCCAUUUAAAUUUUUUUAAUGCUUUGAGAUCCAAUGGUUGUGGAGAUUUUUCAUCAUUUCUUUUUAUGCCAGUGGAUUACAUUUGUCAGAACUGUUUUAAACUAAACAGAAGGGUUUUUAAUUGAGCUGCACUGGUCUCAAUAAGGUGAAAGUGUGUAAGUUCAGUGAAAGUUUAGCUUUAACGAGUGUGCGAUGGGUAAUUUAAAAGUUAAAAUUGUAAUCAACUGUAUUUACAUAGGUGAGUUCCAUAACACUACUUAAACAUUAUUUAUUUUAACAUAUCUACUUUUGUUGGCUAAGAUGCCUUAUUUCAUGAAUUGUACAAGUGGC